ACACACACAUCUACUCCGCUGGGAGGUGGAGUUUGACGUCAGUCUCUCAAGAGCUCCAAACCUUAAAGGUGCACAGCUAAUAUUAAUAUAUAAGGGAUCAUUACAGCGCCCAGAUUUAAAGCAAGGAGACCGAUUCCAUGCUGCUUUGCUGCGGAAUGCAAACUUGUCAUGUGACCGAGUUAGAAGCGCUUCCGUGACGUACAGUUAAGGAUACGUCGUCUUUCAAAGAGAACAAAAUCAACAACAAACGCCAGAAGCAUACAAACAAGAAAUACACUGCUUAAAUGUACCGGCUGACAAGGCGUCGACCAUAAAAACACAGCUACUAAACAGAAUCCCGUGUGCUGCCAUGGACAGUGUGGAGAUGGAAUCUGUCCAGAUUAAAGAGGAGUUCCCUGAACUUGAACUGGUCCCCAUUAGAGUGGAGUUCUCUGGGCUGGCUUCCCUCCCCAUUAAACAGGAGCUCUGUGAGAUGCAAUGUGACAGCAGCCAGCCAGAGGUCUCUGAGAUUAAAGCUGAGCACAAUGAAUUGGAGAUCCCCCAGACAGAAGAACCCCUUCCUGUGAAACAAGAAGAGGUGCUGGAAACUGACUGUAUUAAACAGGAGCCCCCUGAAGUAGAGUUUGACCACAUGGAACCAGGGAAGGAAGAAUCCGAGGACUUCAACCCAAAUAUCCCUGAGCUGGAGCCUGUACGCCUACAGGAGUGUAGCGUGGUGCUGGAGAGAAUCUGCGUGAGAGAGCAAGGCGCUGGAGAGGAAGGCUCUCCCAACAGCAUGCAAGGAGGUGGAAAGGAAGACGGGCGCUCCCAUUCAGAAUGCAGUCUAGCAGGUUCCAGUACAGCAGCUAAAGCGAGGGCGGGCGGUGGAGAAGAUCCUGACUCUGGGAAAGGUUUCACCCAGUUUGGGAAUUUUAAAGCACAUCAGCGAACUCACACAGGAAAGAAACGGUAUCGCUGCUCUGCCUGUGGGAAGAGUUUCCGUCUUAAACAAGACCUUCAAAAACACCAGCGAGUUCACACAAGAGAGAAACCGUACCACUGCUCUGACUGUGGAAAGAGUUUCAGUCUGUCAAACAACCUCAAGCAACACCAGCGAACUCACACAGGAGAGAAACCAUAUUGCUGCUCUGACUGUGGGACGAGUUUCAGUCGGUCAGACAGCCUUGUUUCACACCAGCGUAUUCACACAGGUGAGAAACCGUAUCACUGCUCUGACUGUGGGAAGAGUUUCAGUCUGUCAAACAACCUUAAAAAACAUCAGCGAACUCAUACAGGAGAGAAACCGUAUCGCUGCUCUGACUGUGGGAAGAGUUUCAGUCAGUGUAUCCACCUUGUUUCACACCAGCGAACUCACACAGGAGAGAAACCGUAUCGCUGCUCUGACUGUGGGAAGAGUUUCAAUAACUCAGGAUACCUGACAAAACACCAGAGAAUUCACACAGGAGAGAAACCAUAUUACUGCUCUGACUGUGGGAAGAGUUUCAGUCGGUCAGGACACCUUGUUUCACACCAGCGAACUCACACAGGAGGGAAACCAUAUCGCUGCUAUGACUGUGGGAAGAGUUUCCGUCUUAAACAAGACCUUCAGAAACACCAGCAAAUUCACAGAGGAGAGAAACCUUAAAGAUUAUGUUCAAUGGGACUUUUCACUCAUGAGGAAAAAACCUUGUAUUAUGAAUCCCUGUGUAAUUACUGUUUUGUGUAUCACUCUUAAGAGCAUGCAUUUUAAAUGGUACAAAUGCUGUUCAGCUCUCUUGCACUCUGAUUGUGUCAGAAUGCGGGCGGAGACGCGGACACGUCACAAGAGGCUUCUCUGCUGUCAGUUUAACUCAGGCUGUCAAUGCAGUCAGUGCCUGGGAGCGGGAAUAUGCAGAAAGGAAACUAUUCUGCACCUCAUCUGAUGGACGAGUCAGGAGAAAUUGAUAACUCAGUGUGGGGAAUGAGUUUCAGGGUUUAGCAUUUAAACUGCAUAGACUUGAAAAUAAAUAAAUUGAUGGGAACGAGUAUCCCGACCCCGGUAUGUAGCAUCCCAGAGACAAGACUGCACCGUCCUUACUGGACAACCGCCUGGAGGGUUUGUCUUGUAAAUUCAUCACGAUUCUAAAAUGAAAAAUGAUAGUGUCCCAUGUAGGGGUGUUGCAAUAUGACGAUAAAAAGAUAAUCGCGAUUUAAAUUAUGAUUAUUCUGUCGUCAAUAGUUUUAAUUAGAGCAGUAAUUUAUUUAUGUUUAUUAUUUUCCCCGCUUUAAGAAAUUUGGACAGAAUGAUAAAAAACUGUAAUAGGAACAUCCAGUAGAUGGCGAUAAUGAACCUUUUCACUGGGUUUUAUACAGCUGGAAAAAUCCGCAAGAGCAGCACACAGCAAACGUGACGGACAGUGAGACCUACAGAAACAAACCCUGUCCUCCUGAACGGAUACAAGCAGGUAUGUGGUGAGCUUGUUGAAGAGGUAGGGCCGAUUUGUAAAUGAGGCCGAGCUGCUGCUGUUUCAAAGAGCAGGAAACACGACGGAUAUGUUCACACGUUUAGAUCCAUCAAGCGCUUUAUAAAGAAUCAACAUCGGGGAGGAACUCCGUGUUCAUUAAAAACAGUGUUAGUAAAACCAAUUCCGUGUAUAAUAAUAAUAAUAAUAAUAAUAAUGCAUUUCAGUAUUCCUGUUUUAUGAUUAAACAUUUUAGUUACAUAGCCUAAGGACAAACAUUUGAACCCUGUUUAAUACAGACGCAAGGAUACAGCGAGUGUGGCGUCUACUCCAACAGGAAAGUCAAUAUAUUUAAAGGCACGCCACACUCGCUACUUUUAAAUAUUUAUUUCCAACUAAAUAUUAACGUUUUCAAACGUGAACUGAAUUAACAUUGUUGAUGUAGACCAGCAGUUGUCAUGAGUCGUUGUUAUUGUGGUCCUAAAAUAUGUGGUUUUCACGCAGUUAUUUCACCCAUUUAUUUAUUUAUUUUAAAGUUAUGAACAAGACACAUUUUAUAAAGCUGUAAGGAGAGGCUCACCACAGCUAGUCUGUAUUCACAUGUUUUCUGUUUAUUCAUUUUCACAUCUACUGGUACUGGAGUCCUUAGUGCAGGCUGACAUGACCAGCUCCAUUGAGAAAUGCGUUUAACCCAGUAAUAGUGUAGCUAUUGGAUUUGGGAAUAAGACAUUUAACAUCUUUAAAUCAGACUAACAAUUAUGAGAAACCUCUGAACUAAUCAGGUAAAAACCAAAACAACUCCCCCCCCCCCUCUUUACAACCCCCCUCUUUUAUAAGGACUAAUCUUGAUUAAAAUGCCACUUUAGCUGAACUACAGUAAUUAAUACCCAUGUUUCGUAAAUGUUUAGAAACUUUUCCGAGUUGUGUAUUUUAAAAUAUUGAGGGUUUUGUAAAUAUCUGUGGUAUAAUUAAACACCGUGUUUUUUUUCAGUUUGGUUUAUAAUGUUGUAAAACACAUUUUGGCUUAAUAAAUAGUUAACAUUUUAAAUAUAUAUAUUUUUUGUAGUUCUUUGUAAAGUGUUGUAUCUCAAUUAUCAUAAUAAUACCCCACACAAUAAUCAUCUGAGAAUUUUCAUUUCUUGACAUCCCUAGUCCCAUGGCUGUAUUAUGACAGUAAUGACUGAAUACUGCGUGACGUGUAGCUUUGCAAUGUGCAUUGUCCAUGCUUGUAUUUGUGCUGCUCUUGUAAACUGCCCUGAGUAAUAGCAGUGUUGCAAGCUUGUGUACGGAUCUUAGGUACAGAAAGUCAAAUUGUGUAACCUGAGUUCUAAUGAGACUCCACUGUACAAUUAAACCUGGUGUGUGUUAUUAUUAUUUCUUAGCAGACGACCUUAUCCAGGGCGACUUACAAUUGUUACAAGAUAUCACAUUAUUUUUACAUACAAUUACAUUAUUUUUUUUGCACAUUAUGUUUACAUAUAAUUACCCAUUUAUACAGUUGGGUUUUUACUAGAGCAAUCUAGGUAAAGUACCUUGCUCAAGGGUACAGCAGCAGUGUCCCCCACCUGGGAUUACAGUUACAAAGCAUAACUAUACACUAAGUUAGGUGACAUUGUAACACCUGCAAGGUGGGCCUGACUACGCCAUCGAGGGAAUUGGACCCUCAGAAUUAAAGGUCUUUUUUUUUUCAGAGGGCAAAUCAGGGAAGAGAGCAACCAAGACACAGUUGUUGUCAAUUAAAAUGAUGUUUUAUUGCACAGAAUUAAGAAUUAGCAGCAGAUCGUUAUCAUAGCACGUAGGUGCUUUGUACGAAAAAACAAAACACACCAAACAAGGGUUUUGUUUAAAAUCACAAUAAAGAUCCGAAGCAUAAAAACAACCGGUUUAAAAACAAAACACAAAACACCAGUGAGUGCAGAGGAGGGGACAUCGAUAAACAUUAUUCCCAACGACAUCAUCAUCAUCACAGCAGCAACAACAAAUGGUUUACCAUUUAUUUCAGUUUCGUUUCGUCUCAGGUCCCCUCUCCUACACGCACAAACAAAGACGGACGGUGGAAGGCCAUCCUGGAAAACUAACAUCAAGGGGUAUUUAUAGUCAGGUGCGUAUUAGUUUCAACUGCCGGGUAAUUAAUUAAUUAGCUGAGUGGUGAAGGAACAAUAAAGUGCUACAAAAUCAAUCAAAGUGCCCGAUCAAAGAAAACGCGCGCAAAUCAAACUAGAUGGUAACUUUACCAGUACAGUUGCUCUUAUUGUAUUACUUGUAUUGUAACGC